CUGUCAAUCCACAUUUCUCUUUCAUUGCAACUUGCUUACUAAAAAUUAAAAUUAAAAAAAAAAAUGAAAUGAAAAGGCUGCAAAUACCACAGCCGCCUUUGUUUUCUGACAGCUGAAAAAGAAAAAAAUAAAACGAGAAAUCGAUGCUCUUAGGCUUAGCUUCUUAAUCCAACUAGAACCCGUCAGAGCUUCUUAAUCCAACUAGAACCCGUCAGAGUUUUCAAUCAUUUCUGUCUGUUUUCUGCAUCUAGACUGCUUUGUUUUUGUGAUUCAGGAACUGGGUUGUCUUCAUUUGCUCAGCUAGCUCCCUACAAGAUCAAAGCACAGCACAUGGACUGGUGUUUUGGUAAUGGUAUUGAGGAUCUUGUUGUCCCCAUGGAUCAAGAAUUAGCAGAUAGGCUUCCUUCACCUGAAAGUUGGUCAAAAUGGGGAUACUAUUCUCCAGGAAAUUUUGAGUCAUCUAACAAAUGCUUCGUUGUGGAUGAAAACUUGACUUGUGAAGAACUAAAGUUCAAUGGUAGAUUUUGCAAUGGCACUGAAUUCGAAACAUCAGCUGAUGCUAAGGAUCCAUCUAGCUUUCCAAGUGUAUGUGGAGGAUUGUCAGAGGAGUCUCUCAAUCAGGCUCCACUUUCAUAUCCCCAGCCAGAUUACGAGCUUGAUGAUUUUGGCAGAUUCCAGCAGAUGGAUGACAUAUUCUUGAGUUCCUUACUGGAAGAUCUGCUUGGGAGUGAAGAUCUUCAGAAAUCAGUUUGCUUUUCUCCUGAAGAUCAAUGUGGGAGAGUGCCAGCUGAUUAUCUUCUGACAGAUGUAAGUUUGGAUUCUCAAACUAUUUCAAAAAAUGAACAUGGUAUGGGAAGCGCUAAGUAUCUCAAAACUCAUGCAUUUUCCCCAUCGAUGACUUUGGAGAAAGAAAUACCUGCUUUACGUUUUAAACCACGCAAGUCAGGGCUCAAGAAUAGCCCAUCUGUAAAGGUGAGAUUUUCCACCUGUCGCUUUAUUGGAAAGAAUAAGUUCCAGAAAUUCUUCACAAGUGAUGAAACUUCUUUUGUAGCCUACAAAUCUCUGCUACGAAGUCCUGUUCCGGCCACCCACUUAGCAAAUAUAUGGCAUAAAAACCAGACCAGUUCAAAGCCUUGCCAAAUUUAUCACCAUAGGAGACUCUUCAGUUGCCAAUCAUUCUUUAAAGAAUCCUUCAUAAGAAUCAGUUACGCACCACUUGCCAAAAUCUUGGCCCCUCCUGAACGGAACAGUGAAACUGGAUUUGUAUCUGAGGGAAUAUCACUUGAAGAAUCUGUUUUGCAGGAGCUUGAAAUGGUGACAGUUCAGUUGUCUAAUAAGACUCGAAUUUGCUUUCGAGAUGCAUUCUACCGUCUUGCCAAGAACUCAAAACAGAAUCCUGUAGUAAUAAACCAACAUGGAAACGUCUGUGUGAGAACUCAUGCGCCGAUGUGGAUAGUCUAUGAGGAGAAAAUGAGGUCUGGAAGAAAAGAAACAACCGAAUCAGAGACCAACUCCAUUGAUCGAGCUAUUGCUAACCUCACCUUCAAUAAUAUGGAAACUAAUGUUCGAGAUUUUCCUAUUGCCACACCAGCCAAGUCUAAGCAACAUGCCAUCAGAGUGACAGGACAGAAAAACAAUAGCUCAAAUCAAUCCGGGAUCCAUUAUUUCCCACGAUCUUCUGUUGCCUCAACCGAUGCUGAGGUUCCUUUCCUUGUUCAUAAACGCUCCCAAAUGAGAAUGGCUGGACAUGAAUAGGCCUCAAGGAACUGAUUCUGAGAACAAGGGUGUAGAAGUUCUUAUAGCAUCAAAAUCGGUACGAACAGAUAACAGGAUUGCUGGAAAUCACUGGUUAGAAGAAUGAUGAUGGUAAGGGGAAGUGGGAAAAGGAAAGAUAGAUAAAGUUAUUUAUGUUUGUUAAGCAAAGAAGAUUCUUUUAGGUGUGUUCCAAUCUUUGAAUGUAUAUAAUAGCAGUUCAAAGCACUGGUGGCUUUGUACCCUCCACUUGAUACAAUACUGUUUAUGUUCAGCUCAGUUUUGAUUAGCAUUUCAUAGACAUUGAUUCAAAUUUCCAGCUGA